AUCAUUUGCAGCGUACCAGGUCGUAACAAUAGCGCGGUCAAGUUUAAACGUUUUUGCUAUGGCGCUUAGUGCAGUCAGAUUCUUGCGUCUUCCAGUUUACUUAAGAUAUAGAUUAUACAGUACGGAAAGUGCAUCAACAGUAACACAUACUGGCCAGACGUUCUCGCUAAAUGACCCAUCAGUUGCAAGAUUUACUAUCGGUGAUAAGUUGGUCAAUAAGCAAUUCGCAGAAAAGCUGAUAGAAGAGGUUCUCCCGAUCGCUUGCAAAGAAAAUAUAAUCAGUUGCGACGGUGGUGGUGGUGCACUUGGGCAUCCUAAAGUAUACAUCAACUUGGACCAACCAGGUAAUCAUACUUGCGGGUACUGUGGUUUGCGAUUUUACCUAGACAAAAAAAUCCACUGAAACCUACGGCAACCACGAUUUAGAACAGAAAAAUAUCCUACUUUGUGUGUUAUGACAUCAUGUUUUGAUGAAUAUCCUUGUGCUUUUAGAAGUUUGUGAAGUGUUACUGAAAAUAGCUUACAAUCAAAUACAGUAUAUAUUCUUCCCUACUAUGGAUUUUGGCCAAGCAGUCUGAAAUACUGUUUAGUUUUACAAGAUGGUGUGUCUGAAAGACGUCGCCAACCACUGUAAAGGUAAUGGACGUAACAUAUAUAAUCUGUAUGAUGCCUUUAACUCAUGCAUUCAUCAUGGUAUGGUAGGUGAGCGUUACUAACCCAAUACUUUAAAAUAUAGCCG